AUCUACUUGCUGUGGUCGUCUGGCUCGUCUCACUCAACCAUUCUAUUAUAACCUUUCAGUGGAUUGGCCAUUAUUCAUGCCACCAAUGUGUUUCAGUUUACCUAUAUAGAUUCUGCCCGAUUGGUGCUCCCAGACACUAGUUAAUCCUGUUUGAUGACUUCAGCAUCUUUUCCCAUAAUCUUACUUCUUAGUUCCUAUUCUUCUAGUGCACAAAGCCCUUAUACAUUUGACCUUCCAAACUGCCGAUUAAAGCCUUUGGACCCUUUUCCUGUUUUCUUACUAGAAAUAUAUCCAUGAUAUGAGUUAUUCGAGCUCCAGAAUUUUGUAGUCAAGAAAAUUCUUACCCGUGUUGCGGGGGUUGUACAUCCACUUUCUUGGUCCCAACUAAGUGAGCCUACUUCUUUUGUUUCUAUGUCCUUGUUCUCUUUGUUUGCAGUUUUUUUUUUCUUUGCUAACAGCAGCCAGUAAAACCAUAUUAUUAUUAUUUUCAAUUUCAAAGCAUCCACAGCACAGAAACUAUUUUAUUUGAACUUGAACAUUUAAGUUGAACUUAUCUGUGCACCAUGCAUUUUGAUCUGUUCAGUGGUCACGGUUAAUUAUAUAUGUAAAUCUGAAGAAUAAGAAUGCUCACACUAAAAGGUAUAUCAAUGGAAACAUAGUCCAUGCUAUCUCUUAACAUCUAAGUGAUCAUAAGAUAAAAAAAAUCAUGUGAUAUGUAUAACUCGUGAUAUAUCUCAGCCUUAAAGUGUACCUCGUCCUGCAAUGCUACGACCAUUAGAUCAUGGAAGGUACUCUUUGAUUCUUCCAUCCAUGCUGGUUGUUUAUAAGCUCCAUCCAACAGAUCAUACAAGUUCUACAGCUUCAGCUCUUCCUUAGAUGCAGAACUGUUCUAUAUGUUAAGGGCACACCACUAUAGUCCCAUGCUUUGAGAUUAUGCAUGAAAUUCUACAGUACUUGCACCAACAUGUCUUCUGCAUUGUCAGGUUAUAGUGAGAUUUGGCUUCCGGAGUAGCCCACGUCCUUGAAAGCAGUGACUAAGACCCGUUAGAGUUGGAGUUCAGUCUGUGGGAACAUGAUUCAGUAUCAUUGUUUGUUUGACUUCAAAUUGGGCAAAUGCGGGGAUUAGGUUGGAUUAAGCAGAACAUCUGAUCAGACUGUACAUGCGUCAUGGCUGGGCAUCAGUAUAACAAUUCCCAGAUGUCCAGAAUGGAUCAUAUGAACCAGCCACGCAAUGAACCUCCACCUUUUGGUCAAAAGUUAUUUAUGCAUCCUAGAAGUGAUGCACCUAAUGGAGCUGGGCCAUCUGGUUAUGGGGGUACAGCAGUUAGAUCAAAUGACCUUCCAUCUUCAAGCUACGCCAGUCAGUCUUAUAGUCAGCAGAGUGGAGCCCCUGGAACCUUUCAUGCUUCCCAUGUUUAUCCUCCUGCUGGAAGCUCUAGUAGCGGCUAUGCACCAUACAAUACUCAGCAGCAUCUAAGCUACCCACAUAGGCCUGAAGAUAAUUUUAUUUCUGGAAUCCAUGUGGAUGACAGAAGGGUUGCACUGAAGCGAAGAAAUCCCAUCACUCAUCCUGCAGAUGGUGUCAGUGCCAGAGGCUAUUAUCCUGGCAGUUCUUCCAAUAAUCAGUUCUCUGGUUACAUGCCUCCCAAUCCAGUUCCUACCCCUGAAUCCUGCCCUCCACAAAUAACUUCAAACAUGGGUUCAAGCCACUGGAGUGAUCAUCACUUCAUAAAUCAUGAAGGAUCUCAGAGGAAUGUGAGGGGACGCCACGAUCAUAACUCUAUCCAUUCAGAAUAUAAUACACCUACAGCUUGCCCAUCAAGCAGCAUUCAUUUGCCACCUUACCGUCCAAAUGCAAAUGCCCCUUUUGGAAGUGCACCAGUACAACGGGAUAGAGCUCCUUUAUCUCUACCUCCAAGAAUUGUCCCCCCAGGAACAGAUGGAAGCACUAGCAUAGCAUUCAGAGAGAGGCAAUACUAUCCUGCUCCGCAGGGCACCAACAUAGGUGCUCACAUGCCAGUACGUCCUGGUUCGUCUGACAGUGCACCAUUUGUUCAUGGUGGAUAUGCUCCUAGAUCAGCUCACCAUACCACUGUCCGCAAUUAUCUUCCACCAGCUUUUGCAACUUCUUCCCACUCUUCCGUAGUCCGGUGUGAGCCUUCUAACCCCCACUAUCAACCUGCAAUCCCCAGCUACCCCCCUGCAACCUCUGCAGCAUCAUCAAGUGUCCAGCCAUUACAUGCUGAAGCUGCUGCAUCUUUGAGACAUCCAAGGCAUGUAUCCGUAGGGCACACUGGUAGUGCAAGGAGUAGAAGGAUGAGGGAUUCCUUUCAUUGUUUCAAUCCUUCGACGAUUGAGGACAAUAACUUGGGAAGAUCUGCAGCCGAGCGGUUUAUGAUGCUGGAUCAGUUGGUCAUCCACGAAUCAAGGGAAGCAUUUGAUCCUCACUGGGACAUGAGACUAGACAUUGAUGACAUGAGUUAUGAGGAGCUCCUGGCUUUGGAAGAAAGAAUAGGCAAUGUGAACACUGGUCUGGCGGACGAGAAAAUCUCAGGCUGUGUGAUGGAGCUUGCUUGCCACAGCUCUUAUGCAAAUACACACAAUGAUCAGGACAAUGCAAGAUGCGUAAUUUGCCUGGAGGAAUACAGGCACAGGGACUCUCUCGGGAGGUUGAAAUGCGGGCACGACUUCCACGUGGGCUGCAUCAAGAAGUGGCUGGAGGUGAAGAACGCCUGCCCGGUUUGCAAAGCUGAUGCCGCAAACGAGACCACCUGAGGAGGACCAAAUGGUGCAUCCCUCCCUAUUUAUCCUAGUUCAGGCCAGAUUUCAUUUAUGUCUGCUCAAGUUGGGUGUGUAAAUAAGUAGUCCAAAAGUCAGGAUUUGUUUUGUGAAUUGGCUGUGAACUCAAAAACCUCAGGAUGUCCAAUGUAAGUAAAAAUAUUUAAGCAGGUUAUCAGUUAGCUGUCCAAAGCAUC